UCUUUAAACAUAUUAAUAUGCCGACAACCAAAUUUUAUCGAAAUUUUCCUUAAAGUAUCGAUCUGUUAUUAGGUUCUCCUUUGGCUUGCUAUUUUUUAAAUUCUCCCAUCUUUCUCUGCCUUAAAUUGUUUGUAUGGUUUAUUUUUAUGCAGUGCCUAUGACAAAUUGAAGGCAAUGGAACAAACAUUGGCCAAAGGAAAGCAGCUUCAAGAUGACUAUGCUUCUGUGGUGAAGAAGCUGAGGGCUAUGCAGCCUAUGCUCCACUCAACCGAAGAGCAGCUCCGAGUGCACAAAAAGCUGACUAUAUUCUUGACUCAAUUGAUAGCAAAAACGAUUCCUAAAGGUCUGCAUUGUCUUCCACUGCGCCUUACAACUGAGUAUUAUACCUUGAAUUCUUCUCAACAUGACUUUCCAAAUCAAGAGAAGUUAGAAGACCCUCAGUUGUACCAUUAUGCAUUAUUCUCUGAUAAGGUAUUAGCAGCAGCAGUUGUUGUAAACUCAACUAUAACAUAUGCCAAGCAAUGAGGAUGUGGUUUUUGGUAAAUCCACCAGGCAAAGCUUCUAUCCAGGUUCAAAACAUUGAAGAAUUUACAUGGCUAAAUGCAAGU